CUUCUGAAACCUCAUCCCCCGCUCGUUAUAGUAUCACUCGAUGGUUACGCACAUUAUUAUUUGGAUAGGAAACUCCAACCAUCAUUCGAUAGAAUCGCGAAGUGUGGAGUGACUUCGGAGACAUCCAGCAGUAGCACCUCCAGACGGCACCGCACCAGAGUAAUGAAUCUCGUUAUAUUGGCAGCAAGCGCAAUGAUUGCAUACUUCCUACUUGCUUCCACCACCACCCACAGUAACGAGUGCUCACGGAAAUGCUCGAAACCAAAUCUUCUGAAACCUCAUCCCCCGCUCGUUAUAGUAUCACUCGAUGGUUACGCACAUUAUUAUUUGGAUAGGAAACUCCAACCAUCAUUCGAUAGAAUCGCGAAGUGUGGAGUGACUUCGGAGAGAGUCUUCUCAAGCUUCCCCACGUUGACGUUUCCUAAUCAUUUUACUAUGGCUACUGGUAAACACCCUGGACAUCACGGUCUAGUCGCCAAUGUCGUUUAUGAUAACGAAGUCGCAAAGGUGCCUCUAUAUUUGGGUAAGCACUUAUUGGAUGGAUAUUAUCUCACGGAA